AUGGAUAAGGCUUAAAAAAAUAAAUAAAUUAUAGAAUAAGCUUACGAAAACUUUGUUGAAAAGAAGCCUGCUAGUAAAUCUCCAGGAAUUAAACAGUAGUAAUAAUUGAAUCUAUUAAAAAAUAAUUUUAAGCAUAAAAUUAAUUAACUAUUAUCAUAAACUCCUGAGAAAAAGUUUAGAUUGCAAGCCACAAUAAAAAAAAAUUACUUUAUUAAUUGA